AUGGUCCGUCCCUCCACCCUCCUGACAGCGCUGUGGGCUAGUACCGCCGCCAGCCUGCGCGUGCGUUCCGUGGUCCACAGCGGCAAGGGCUGUCCGCAAGACACAAAGGUGUCCUGGUCAUCCGCGGACGAAGCCUUCGUCUUCAUGUUCCACGACUUUAGCGAAACUCUCGCCGCCGGCACGACGACGUCCUGCCAGGUACACGUCCAGAUCGACGAGGGCGAGGCCGGCAAGGCCCUGCUCGUUGAGGACGCGACGCUCCGCGGCGGGCUGUACGUCAGCCCCGUGACCAAGGCCGAGUUUCUCACCGUUGCCUUUUGGUCGGAGAAUGCCUCAGAUUCGACGUCCAAGGAGUCGACCAUCGUGGCCGGUGUCGGGCCAAUCUCGCGCAACGUUGCAGUCUCGCAGAGCCUCGACUUUGCGUCGAGGUGCGUGGGGAGCGAUGGAUACGUGGGGAUCCUCAAUGUCAACUUCCGCAUCGUGGCACAGGGCAGCGGAAAGGUCACCUUCGGGCGAGAACGUGGAAGUGGCGCGCCUGUGACCGAGGUGCUGAAGUACAAAUGGCAGAGCUGCUGA